AUGCUGUUAUGGUGGUUGUUGACAGUGUUCUUGAUCUGCAUCCAUGGAUUCCGAGCACAACAGACGUAUGUAAACAACAGACAACUCGCCUGCGAGCAAAACUUUACGGAGGCCCUCGGCUACACCUGCAACUCCAGUCCGGGCUGUCAAUCUUACCUCACUUUCCGGUCACAACCACCCAUCUACAACACCCCUUCCUCCAUUGCCGCUCUCCUUCGCGCCAACCCUAAUGAGAUCGCCGCUAUCAAUAACUUCAAUUCCACUUCCGAUACCAUCCCCGCCAACACACUCGUCAUCGUCCCUAUCCGUAACUGUUCUUGCUCCGGCGGAUUCUACCAGCACAACGCCAGCUAUGUACUUCAAAGCACCAACGAGACUUACUUCAGUCUGGCUAAUAAUACCUACGAGGGUCUCACCACUUGCCAAGCUAUGAUCUCCCAGAAUACCUACAACUACCGGAAUCUGCUAGUCGGUGAUAAUAUCACGAUUCCUCUCCGAUGCGCUUGUCCCACGACCAGCCAGAGGGCUGCCGGAUUUAGGUAUUUGCUCACUUACCUGAUUACAUGGGGCGAUACUUAUACGUCUAUGGCGGACACUUUCGGAGUUGCUGAUAUUCAGAGCAUUUUAGACGCAAACGAGCUCUCGCCUACUCAUAUCGUCUUCCCGUUUACGCCGAUUUUAAUUCCUCUGACAACACCACCCACCGGAAUCAACAACUCUGCAACUCCAGCAACACCGCCUGCUCCACCGGUAAUCCCAGUAGCGCCUAGCCCCGGCGGUGGCUCCUCCAGCAAGUUGGUUUUCGUUGGCGUUGGAAUCGGUGUUGGUUUGCUUCUAAUCGUUUGCCUUUCUGGAUUUCUCGUUUGGUUCUUUAGGAGGAGGAAGAUUCAAAACCAGCAUAGUCUCCCUCCACCCAAACACUUUCCUCCUAAAGUGAUGAUCCCGUCGGAGAGCAAAUCAUGGUCCGUUUCAUCAGAAGGAAUUCGAUUCGCGAUUGAAUCAUUAACAGUUUACAAAUAUGAGGAACUACAAAAGGCUACCGGAGAUUUCAGGGAAGAAAACAGAGUGAACGGAUCUGUUUACAGAGGGAUCUUCAAUGGAGAUUUUGCAGCAGUGAAGAUCAUGAAAGGUGAUGUCUCCGGUGAGAUCAAUAUCCUAAAACAAAUCAAUCAUUCAAACACAAUCAGACUCUCUGGCUUCUGCUUACAUCAAGGCAACACAUACCUCGUUUAUGAAUUCGCUGAAAACGGUUCACUCAGUGACUGGCUUCACUCCACGAAAAACACGAAGAACACAAAGAACGGAAACGAUUCGGUUUUGGGAUGGAAACAUAGAGUUCAAAUCGCACACGAUAUAGCAGAUGCAUUGAAUUACCUUCACAACUUCAUCACUCCACCAUACAUUCACAAAAACUUGAAAUGCAGCAACGUGUUACUAGACAGCAACAUGAGAGCAAAGAUUACAAAUUUUGGUCUUGCAAGAAGUGUAGAUGACAAUGAAGAUGGAGAACUUCAAUUGACAAGACACGUGGUUGGAACAUACGGUUACAUGCCUCCAGAAUACAUUGAAAACGGUUUGAUCACUCCUAAAAUGGACGUGUUUGCUUUGGGAGUUUUGAUUUCAGAGCUCUUGUCCGGAAAAGAAGCCACCACUACCACCAGAGCACCUGAGAAGGAAGAAGACAAGGAUGCGGUGGUUGUAAAGCAGGCACAGCUGUCGGAGAUGAUAAAGGAGGUGGUUGGAGGUGAAAAUGUGAGGGAAAAACUGGUGGCAUUUAUGGAUGAUGAUUUGAAGGGUGAGUAUCCAUUGGAGUUGGCGUAUUCCAUGGCGGAGGUUGCUAGCAAAUGUGUGGCGGCUGAUUUAAACGACCGCCCAUAUGUGGCGGAGGUGUUUGUGGUUCUGUCAAAGAUCUUGUCGUCUUCUGAAGAUUGGGACCCAUCUGAUGAACUUGAACACUCGAGAUCCCUCAGCCUUGGCAGAUAA